AUGUCUUGGCCGAGCUGAGAGGACGUGUACUCUCCGUCGCGCGGAGUGUCGAGCCUACCAGCUCGCGGGGUGUGUGCUACUAUCGGCGAGGUGAUACCAGCGGCCGCGCGGGGAACGAUGUGCGUGACAGCCAUGCCGUUAAGUGCGACGAAGAUACUGAAGGAUAGCGCGAGCCGGCAGCCGGCGAGGACUACUAUCGCGACUAGUGCACAGGUGCAAGGAUUAAGCGGCGGCGGCAACAACCGCAACAGCAACAACCACCAUCACCACAAUGCCGGCGAGCCGACCAGACCGCAGCACACGUCGAUCAU